ACCGCCGCAAAAAAGUUCAUAAGGAGCUGGAAAGUCUGGUGUUUCGGAUCUGAUGCGUGUCUAUAUCAAAUUGAGAGUCCGGGGAAUGUUUAUUUGUGGUAACAAUAAAGCAUCUUCAGAAGGGAUAAUCAUGGGUCAAACCGGAAAGAAGUCUGAGAAGGGACCAAUUUGUUGGAGAAAACGCGUAAAAUCAGAAUAUAUGAGACUGAGGCAGCUUAAGAGGUUCCGACGUGCGGAUGAAGUAAAGAGUAUGUUUAAUUCUAAUCGUCAGAAGAUACUGGAAAGAACUGAAAUCUUAAAUCAAGAAUGGAAACAACGUAGGAUACAGCCUGUUCACAUCAUGACUUCUGUGAGCUCAUUGCGCGGGACCAGGGAGUGCUCUGUCACCAGUGACAUAGAUUUUCCAAAACAAGUCAUCCCUUUGAAGACUCUCAAUGCUGUUGCUUCUGUGCCUAUAAUGUAUUCUUGGUCUCCCCUUCAACAGAAUUUUAUGGUAGAGGAUGAAACUGUUUUACAUAACAUUCCAUAUAUGGGAGAUGAAGUGCUUGACCAGGAUGGUACCUUUAUUGAAGAACUCAUCAAGAACUAUGAUGGGAAAGUGCAUGGAGACAGAGAAUGUGGAUUUAUCAACGAUGAAAUAUUUGUUGAGCUGGUCAAUGCCCUUGGUCAGUAUAGUGACGAUGAAGAUGAUGAUGAUGGAGAUGACAAUCCUGAGGAAAGAGAUGACAAGCAAAAAGAUCGGGAAGGUAACAGGAUGGAGAAAGAAAGCCACCCACCUCGGAGAUUUCCUUCUGACAAGAUAUUUGAAGCCAUUUCCUCCAUGUUUCCGGACAAGGGUACAGCAGAAGAACUGAAAGAGAAAUACAAAGAACUCACUGAGCAGCAGCUUCCCGGAGCUCUUCCUCCUGAAUGCACACCGAACAUAGAUGGACCAAAUGCUAAAUCCGUUCAGAGGGAGCAAAGCCUGCACUCUUUUCACACACUCUUCUGUAGACGCUGUUUUAAAUAUGAUUGCUUCUUACAUCCAUUCCAUGCAACUCCUAAUACUUAUAAACGAAAGAAUACAGAAACAGCAUUAGAUAAUAAGCCUUGUGGACCGCACUGUUACCAACAUUUGGAAGGAGCAAAGGAGUUUGCAGCUGCCUUGACUGCUGAGCGUAUAAAGACACCACCAAAGCGCCCGGGUGGCCGCCGGAGGGGGAGACUUCCAAACAACACCAGCAGACCCAGCACGCCAACAAUAAAUGUCUUGGAAUCAAAAGACACGGACAGUGACCGAGAAGCUGGAACGGAAACUGGAGGAGAAAACAAUGAUAAAGAAGAAGAAGAAAAGAAAGAUGAAACAUCCAGUUCCUCUGAAGCAAAUUCUAGGUGUCAAACACCGAUAAAGAUGAAGCCAAAUAUUGAGCCUCCGGAGAAUGUGGAAUGGAGUGGUGCAGAAGCCUCAAUGUUUAGAGUUCUUAUUGGCACCUACUAUGACAACUUCUGUGCAAUUGCCAGACUGAUUGGGACCAAAACGUGCAGACAGGUGUAUGAGUUUAGAGUAAAGGAAUCUAGUAUUAUUGCACCAGUCCCUGCUGAAGAUGUUGAUACUCCUCCCAGAAAGAAGAAAAGGAAACACAGGUUGUGGGCUGCUCAUUGCAGAAAGAUACAGCUGAAAAAGGAUGGGUCAUCGAAUCAUGUUUACAACUAUCAGCCAUGUGAUCACCCACGUCAGCCUUGUGAUAGCUCAUGCCCAUGUGUAAUUGCUCAAAACUUCUGUGAGAAGUUUUGUCAGUGCAGCUCAGAAUGCCAAAACCGGUUUCCUGGAUGCCGUUGUAAAGCGCAGUGCAACACCAAGCAGUGCCCGUGUUACCUGGCUGUGCGUGAGUGUGAUCCUGACCUCUGUCUCACAUGUGGAGCAGCUGACCACUGGGACAGCAAAAAUGUCUCUUGCAAGAACUGCAGCAUUCAGAGAGGAUCCAAAAAACACUUACUAUUGGCACCUUCAGAUGUGGCAGGCUGGGGAAUUUUUAUUAAAGAUCCUGUACAGAAGAAUGAAUUCAUCUCUGAAUACUGUGGUGAGAUUAUUUCUCAGGAUGAGGCAGACAGAAGAGGAAAAGUGUACGACAAAUACAUGUGCAGCUUUCUGUUUAACUUGAAUAAUGAUUUUGUGGUUGAUGCAACACGCAAGGGCAACAAAAUUAGAUUUGCAAACCAUUCAGUAAAUCCCAACUGCUAUGCAAAAGUUAUGAUGGUUAAUGGUGAUCACAGAAUAGGAAUAUUUGCUAAAAGAGCCAUUCAGACUGGUGAAGAACUGUUCUUUGACUACAGAUAUAGCCAAGCUGAUGCCCUUAAGUAUGUGGGCAUUGAAAGAGAAAUGGAAAUCCCUUGACACCAGCUACCUCUUCUUUUAAACAAACAGCUGCCUUAUCUUCAGGAAUUUCUAGUACUGUGGGCAAUUUUAGAAAAAUAAAAAUGAUGCAAUUUGAAAUUAUGUAUUUGCAAAGUACUGUAACAGUAAUUUAUAGUAACAAAUUUAAAAAAAACAAACAACUUUUUAUUGCCUUCUCACCAGCUGCAAAGUGUUUUGUACCUAUGAACUUUUGCAAUAAUGUGGUGUGGUACAUUUUUCAACCUUGAAUAAAGGAUACUUGAACUUCUUCAUUUUUACUGGAA